AUGAUAACAUACUUCAAGGGUUGUGAACAUCACGAGCCUCGCAGGAAGACUGAGGUAUUAUCGGAGCUGCCGUUGCGGAUAGCUCAGGAGUCGGUGCUUGCGACCAUCUCUCCUAUCCGUUGGGAUGCCAGCAGUGAUCAUGCUCCGAUGCUCAGCCGAGGAAGAUCGAUCCUGGUUGCAAACUUUCAAUUAGAGCAACUAGUAGGAGAUUUCGCAUUUGGCCAUUCACUAGUCUCGAUUGCUGAUCCUGGCAGUGCCAAGGGUCUGCUAGGAUAG